CGUGUCACCAGAGCAGCCCUCUUUGUGACAGAUGAUGAUGAUGAUGAUGAUGAUGAUGAUGAUGAUGAUGAGAAAGGGAAGACCAUCAUUCUAAAAGAAGAUGCAGCAGCACAACCAUUAACCAAAGAGCCUGGAGACAAUGUUACUCUACCAUGCAAAUUCAACCUGACAAGAAGUGCUUCUUAUACAGUGUAUUGGAUCAAAUCUGAGAAUGGCAAUACAUGUCUCCAUUCUAAUCAUGCUACCUCUAAUUCAUUUGAAAACAACACCCACUGCUGUGUUGAGGGGACCGGUUUGGAAAGAAUGAUUUACAAGGAACCACCAAAUCCAUAUUGUAGUCCCUGUGUACACGACCUUAUUAUAACUAGCGUUACAGCCUCUGAUCGGGGGCGUUAUGUCUGUAUAGUAAAUGUGUUUGACUCCAAGAUCACCUGGAGGGUUAUAACCAACAUCUCUAUUGACAUCUCUCAAGCAAAUGAUCCAUUUCUCCCUUUGUAUAUUAUCGGGGCUGUUGUACUGGCAGUUCUUAUAGGUGCUAUUGCCCUUGUGAUGAGAAAGAAGAAAGCCAACACAAAGGGUUCUACAUCUUUAAGUAUGCAAAGAGACCAGCAAGUGGUUGAGUUACAAGACACUGAUUGUACACCAUACGCUGUUGUGGGCAGAAAUAAUGUUGAAGGCGCAGACACUUCAGAGCCCUACUCUGUGGUGAGACUGGCACCGGAGUCCUGCAGCCAGGAGAAGGGAGAUGAAAUGAAUCCAGAGCGGGCAGAGCCCUAUUCGGUGGUCAGGCUGAACACUGAGUAUGAAGGGACAGCUCUUUCGUUAUGCGAGGCUCCCAAACCCUGUAACCAGCAGGGCAAUCGAGAUGCACCAGCUGACCACGAAGCCCACAUAUACGACAAAAUUGAUGACAAUCAAAAGAUAUCUAAAUGACUAAUGAGGGCACAGAGAAUGCAUUGAUAAACAAAGCUAGCACUUAUAAAACAUUUACCAUGGUCAAAUUGUAGUAAAGCACAGUAAAAGCAUUGUGAAAGCAAGUAACUAAGCAAUAGCAUACUACAGCAUUGUAAAGUACAGUAAUUGUAUAGUAUAAUCGUGUGCAAAGCAUGUUUAAAAUGUACUGGGACUUUGCUAAAGAUGUUCUUUAUGUUCAGACUGUUUCAAUUUCUCUUAAUUUCAAAUGUACCCCUACCUAACCAGGGAGCCUAUUAGGUAAAUACAUCUACAACAAUAUUAUGUGAUAAUAAGAUUUUUCUAUACACAUCUACGUUUUGCAGAUGUUUAUUGUAAAUAGAUUUUAAAGAGACAAUGAUUUAACCUGAACUAUGAAGGUAAUUAUGGAUAUUGCUAAAGAGUGAUUUAAAGAUUAAGAAGUACAUUAUAUGAUGAUAAAAUAGAUUGAGUUAAAACAGACAGAAACCUGUCAAUGCUUUAGCUAGCUUUGCACUAGUAGGAAACAUUUUAGUUGCAGAAUUAUACUGUAUAUUGGUAUUAAUAGUUUGCUUUGUAAGAGGAACUUUAAUUUAUGCAUUGUUUUUAAGUGUAGUUUGUUUGAACAUACUUUAAUAAACUGUGUUUUAUGAAUCUGCUAAAAA